AAUUGUUUGAGCAUUUUGGAGUUGAAAAUAAUUAAAUCGAUACAAACUGUUUAAUUGUUUUUAUAGUUUUGACAAGUAAUGAUAAAUGUUAUAACGUUACAUUCAAUAAGUCAUUAGCUAACAUAUUUAAACGUUAUUUCUUUAAACAAAGCUCAUCCACGCCUGAAAAGCAGAACAAGUGUCUCAUUUCGCUCAUUAACUCUUUAUAUAGUGAAUCGGUUAACCUUAAACACGAAUUUAGGCACUGGCAAAUAGUGAUGGAGAAACGGAGCUUAAAGAAACUCCGAGUCAAUUGAACCAAUUGCUUCUCAAUGAUUCACUGUUUUGAAGCCUCGAAUCACUGCACGCCAUAGACAGUAAAAAAAAAUUAAAAGUACAUACACAUGCUGCUCAAAACACAGUAAAUGAAACGAUAACAACAAAUAUGGCAGCAACUUUUAUGAAACCAACUGCAACUGUUUUCAUGAUAAAUUAUUAAUCUAUUAUAUUCAAUCUUUUAUUUAUUUUGAUACAUUUUAGUGUUAGUUUUGAGUGUUCUUUUGGCUAAUCAGGCGAGCUGAAGACAACCAUUGUUUUGACUGACUCCUUGCCAGUAUACCCUGACUGCAGAACUAGGGAGCUGAGUGAGAUGCAUCCAUAGUUUUAGAUGUAGUUUUUCUUUGUAUAAAUUAUUCUCAUAUUAAACAUGACAAUGUGAUCACACACACAGCAAAACUCCUGGUGAAGUAACUCAGAUCCACAUGACACAUUAAAGAUGACAUUUAUUAAAGAGGAGAGUGAAGACAUGAAGAUUGAAGAAGCAUUCAGAGUCAAACUAGAAGAUACUGAGGAACAAACAGGAAAAAGAGUUCGUACACAUGGGUCAGAGUUUGCGUGCAGACCUGAUGUUGCUCAAAGAGGAGAGUCAAGAACUGAGUGAAAUGGAAGAGAAAGAUAAGAAACAUCAUGAUUUCAUGACUGGAGAAAAAUCCACGCAAGCUAAAAAUACCUCACGAAAAAGAGCUCGGAAGACCAAAUCUAAAUCGAACUACACCUGCCGUCAGUGUGGAAAGAGUUUCAAUCAAAAACAUAAUCUUGAAGUCCACAUGAGAGUUCACACUGGAGAGAAACCUUUCACCUGCCAACAGUGUGGAAAAAGUUUCACUCAAAAACAAAACCUUAAAGUCCAUAUGAGAAUUCACACUGGAGAGAGCUCUUUCACCUGCCAACAGUGUGGAAGCAGUUUCACUCAAAAAAUAAACCUUAAAGUCCAUAUGAGAAUUCACACCGGAGAAAAGCCUUAUACAUGCAGAUUGUGUGGACAGAAUUUUACACACAAAAACAACCUUAAUUCUCACAUGAUAAGUCACACUGGAGAGAAACUGUUCACAUGUGGUCAGUGUGGAAAGAGUUUCACACGCAAGGUAACCCUUAAUUACCACAUGAAAAUUCACUCAAGAGAGGACUGUUUUACGUGUCAUCAAUGUGAGAAAAAUUUCUGUCAUAAAUUAAGCCUCAAGAAUCACAUGAGAAUUCACACUGGAGAAAAGCCUUAUUCAUGCCCUCAGUGUGGAAGGAGUUUUACUUAUAAACCAUCCCUUGAUUCCCACAUGAGAACUCACACUGGAGAGACCCCUUACACCUGCAAAUAUUGUGGGAAGAAGUUCUCACAAAAAGGAAACCUUCAGACUCACAUAAGGCUUCACACUGGAGAGAAGCCGUUCUCAUGUCUUCAAUGUGAAAAGAGUUUUACAUAUCAUAGAAACCUUAAACAACAUUUGCAAACUCAUUCUGGCAAGACAUUGCAGUGUUCCUCACUGUAGUAAGAGGUUUAGAAAAAUUCAUAAUUUCCAAAAUCACGUGUGCUUUUAAUCUGAAGUAGUAUGAUUUAAUUGUAAUGAUUGUAAAAAGACAAACAAAAACAAAAUGCACACAAAUAAAAUUGAAAAGUCAUGCAGAUGUGAGACCCUAUUUUGUAUGGGUGUGUGGAAAGAGGUUUUAACUGGCUCUGCAGUUUAAAAUGUCACCAGAAAAGUAAAAUUAUUUCUUUCCCAUCAAUGGUUUUAAAAAGUUGCCAGUCGCUGCCAACAAUUUAGACAGCAAAUUUUCAUGGCCCCCAAAAUACUUUGUUGUAUGAAUAUCUGCAGUAUGUCAAAAGAACAGAGCCUCUGCUUUUAACCAAAUAAACAUUUUAUUCUAG